AUGAAGUCUUGGCUCCCCAUCCCACCCCGGUCGCACUUUUCGCUGCUGAACAUUCCUUUCGGGGUGAUUUCGAGCAAAGAUAAGCAAUUACACAGACCCGCUAUCGCCAUCGGAGAACACAUCCUCGACCUUGAUGCUUUUGCUACGGGCGGAGGUUUCAGUAAAGCAGCAAAUGUGUCUGCCGAGCAUGCAAAAACGUUCUCACAGCCCACCCUAAAUGCCUUUGCCGAGCUUGGCCGACCGGUGCAUCGCGCCGUCCGUUCAUACCUUCAGGACAUAUUUCUCAACGACACAGCUCAUCCAGACGUGUUGAAGGACAAUGAACCCCUCAAAAAGGCGGCUUUGAGGCCCAUUUCUGAGGUGUCUAUGCACCUCCCGUUCGCCAUUGGAGACUACACAGACUUUUUUGCGGGCAGAAACCACGCUCACAACGUCGGUGUUCUGUUCCGUGGACCAGCCAACGCCCUUCAGCCGAAUUACAGCCAUUUGCCCGUUGCCUACCACGGUCGUGCAAGCUCAGUCGUUGUCUCUGGAACUCCUCUUAGACGGCCUUGGGGGCAGGCGCUGCCGGCCCCUGGCGCAACCGAGCCCGUUUUCCGGCCAUGUGCGCGCCUCGACAUUGAACUCGAGAUGGGCAUGUUUAUAAGCAAGCCGAACGACCUUGGUAGCCCGGUGUCUGUCAAAGAUGCCGACGAGCACAUCUUCGGCUACGUCUUGAUGAACGACUGGAGUGCAAGAGAUAUUCAGCAAUGGGAAUAUGUACCCCUUGGUCCGUUCAACGCGAAGAAUUUCGGAACCACGAUUAGCGCCUGGGUCGUGCUUGCGGACGCACUCGAGCCAUUCAGAACGAAAGGGCUAGAAAACGAAACCCAAUUGCAGAAGUAUCUCCAAGAAGAUCGGUCUGACAACGUUCUUGACAUCAAGUUAGAAGUGACUCUUGCUCCUUCAGAAGGCGAGGAAACAACUGUUACUCGCACAUCUGCCAAGAAUCUUCUCUGGUCCUGGCCGCAGAUGGUGGCUCAUCACUCAAUCUCUGGCUGUAAUCUUCGUGCUGGAGACCUUCUCGGAUCUGGUACCAUUUCAGGGGACCAAGCAGGGACGCAGGGAAGCUUGCUGGAGCAAUCUCAAGGAGGCAAAGUCCCAAUCAAGCUGAAUGGCGGGCAAGAGCGGAAAUUCAUCCAAGACGGCGAUACGGUAGUUAUUCGAGGCUGGGCUGGCGAACAGGAUGGUCAAUUAGUUGGGUUUGGAGAGUGUGUUGGCCAAAUACUGCCUCCAAUUGCAAUGUAA